AACCAAAAAAAAAAUAAAAAAAUUUAGGCGGACAAAAAGAUAAUAAUAAUUCGACCAACUAUUUGCCACCAUUUUCUCCAAAUCUCUUCUCCAUCACUCACCUCCCUUUGUAUUCUCCGUCCACCACCAUCUCGCCGGCCAGGUAGCUGACUGACGUCAUACUCCGACAAGGUGACGUCUUUCUCUACGCCUCCACUAUGUCACAGUUAUGACAAGGUCACGGAACCGUUCACCAACCAGAACAACAACCAUUUCAACUGGCGGCGCCGGCGGCAGAGACGGAGGAGGAGCCACGACGGCGAUGAGGGUGAUAGUACCCUUACAAGGUGUAGUACAAGGUCGGGGUGGUCUUUUCUUAGGUUCAGUAAUACCCUGUGCUCUUUUUUAUUUUUGGCAACUCUACCUAAAACGAAAUCGUUCCUCCGGUGGUGACAAUAACGGCGAAUCUACGGCACCGGCGAGGUCACCGUCGUCGACCCAUUUGCCAGAAGUGUCUUCUGGGUCUGGGUUACAAAGGGUUCAUUCACGUCUGUUAUUGUCACCGAAGGGAACUACUGGGCAAUCUCAGGUAUCUGCUAGAGCUAAUUCGAUUAUUUCUAAACAAAUUGAUAGUAGCCCUUACUAUGUUGGAUUGAAAAGAGCUUCUGAAGACCCUUAUGAUGAGUCGAGUAAUCCAGAUGGUGUUAUUCAGCUAGGAUUAGCAGAAAACAAGUUGUCACUGGAUUUAGUUCAAGAAUGGCUAGCAGAAAAUGUGUCAAGAUGGAUGAUGACUCAAGAUUCGAGUAUAACCGGAAUAGCUACUUAUCAGCCAUUUGACGGGUUAUUGGAGCUGAAAGUGAUUUGCCUGUUGAAGAUGGAAGGCAAUUUUGGCCUCUUUGAAAUAUCAGUUGGCUACCUUUGUCAUCAGGCUGUGGGAGAAUUUAUGUCUCAAGCUCUAGAGAGAUCAGUGUCCUUCAGCCCCUCACAAAUGGUUCUUACCGGUGGUGCAACUCCUGCGCUUGAGAUACUGAGCUUCUGCCUAGCUGAUCCUGGAAAUGCUUUUCUUGUUCCCUCACCAUAUUAUCCUGAUCUUGAUAGGGAUGUCAAGUGGAGAACUGGAGUGGAGAUUAUACCUGUUCCUUGCCGCAGUGCAGACAACUUUAACUUGAGCAUUGAUGCUCUUGACCGAGCUUUUAACCAAGCUAAGAAACGUGGUCUUAAAGUACGAGGGAUUAUCAUUUCUAACCCCUCGAAUCCUGUGGGCAAUAUUUUCUCUAGGGAGACACUUUAUAACCUCUUAGACUUUACAACUGAGAAGAACAUCCAUGUAAUAUCCAAUGAAAUCUUGGCAGGGUCAACUUAUGGAAAUGAAGAAUUUGUCAGCAUGGCAGAGAUAAUUGAUUCCGAAGAUUUUGACAGGAGCAGGGUACACAUUGUGUAUGGUCUCUCUAAGGACCUUUCUCUUCCUGGGUUCAGGGUGGGGGUCAUCUAUUCUUGCAAUGAAAAUGUUCUAGCUGCUGCGAAAAAAUUGACAAGAUUCUCAUCCAUUUCAGCCCCAACACAGCAUUUAAUCAUCCAAAUGCUAUCAGAUGCAAAGUUUGUACAACAAUUUAUCAAAAAGAACAGAGAGAGGCUAAGAAGGAUGUCUUCUCUAUUUGUCAGUGGAUUGAAGCAGCUGGGAAUUGAGUGCACCAGAAGUAGUGGGGGCUUCUAUUGUUGGGCUGACAUGAGCAGGUUAAUUCGGUCGUAUAAUGAGAAGGGUGAGAUUGAGCUUUGGGAUAAUCUACUAAAUGUAGCUAAGAUCAACGCAACUCCUGGUUCUUCCUGCCACUGUGUUGAACCUGGGUGGUUCAGGUUAUGUUUUUCGACAUUAAGUGAGAAGGACAUUUCCGCAGUUAUGCAACGUAUCCAGAAAGUUUUGGAGUUACGUAAGUCUCUGAGUUAAGUUGCUAAUGAUAUGAUCCCUUACAUUAGUCAACCGUGUAAUCAUAGGUCCAAAACUUCUGCAGAGAUUUUAAGGGUCGAGUGUUGUGUGAUUUUAAUGGAUCCAUAAGUUAUCAGUAUCCUGAUAAUGAGGUGAGGAUGCAGCAGCUCUGAGAACUAAAUGCAGAGAAAACAAAAUAAAAAGGCCAAAUUGUAUGCAGAUGAUUCCAGAAGUGUGUUCUUGGUCCUCUCCAACUUUGUCAUUUUCACAAAUGCAUUCCUCCUCCCAGUUUAUGGAUUUUGAAGAUAGGUAAAUUAGCAGUCAAAGUUUAUGCAAGGAAAAACAUAUAGCAUAUAGAAAUGGCUUCAAAUGAAAUCCAUUUCCAAAUUCUUUGUGCAUAGUCAAUAAGUAAGGUCUUAAAUCUUGAUAUUUUCUUAUUAUUUCUCAUUGUUGUAUAGUUACAGGUAGAUGUAUGUACUCAUUAUUUGUUCACAUUCAUUCUUGUGUUGGCACUAGAUAUGUAAUUCGAUAAAUGAAUCAAUUUCUUUCA